UCACACCAUACACAACCAUGCAUUCUUCCAUCACUCAUAUUACUAUUAUCCUAAUUGCCCUUGCAGCAGGGGUAGACUUGUCAAAUUGCACCAACCUCACCAUUGUCAACAACUGCCAUGAAACCAUAUGGCCUGGGAUCACAGCCACCAACACCACCCUCACCGGCGCCGGUUUCAUUCUCAAACCAGGCGAAUCCACCAUCUUCUCUGCCCCAAACGGGUGGGGCGGCCGUAUAUGGGGCCGGACCGGGUGCGACUUCGACAAAAACGGGAAUGGUACGUGUCAAACAGGAGCAUGCGGUACCACACUAACCUGCACUAGCCCCGGGGACCCGCCUGCCUCAAUUGCCGAAUUUACCCUCGGUGACACCACUUUUUACGAUGUUAGCCUUGUCGACGGUUUCAACUUGCCACUCACAGUCACACCCAUUCAAGGCAAAGGUGACUGCAGGGUGGCGGGUUGUGACACUGAUCUCAGGGCUAACUGCCCGCCGGAGCUAACUUUUCGGUCUGACGGGAAACCCUCCGCCUGCCGGAGUGCAUGCAAUGUUUUUGACUCCGACGAGUAUUGUUGUAAGGGAAUGUACUCUAAUCCCGUCACAUGUAUGCCAACAAAUUACUCGAAAAUAUUCAAAACCGCAUGCCCCGUGGCGUACAGCUAUGCUUAUGAUGAUCCCACAAGUAUCAUAACAUGUACUACUACAGAUUUUGUUGUCUCAUUUUGUUCACCAAGGAAUCAGACAGAACAAUGCUCGUAUCACGAAAACAAACUCGUAUGUAACGGGUCAGGAAGGUUGACGCAAAUCACUUACGUGUGGGCUGUUUUCGCAAUAUCAUUUCUAAUAGUUACUCAAACGCGUAUUAUAUCUUGAUAAGAGUCAACUAUAGUACUAUACCAUAUUGUGCUACCUAAAGAGCUAAACAUCUGUGCAAAGUAUAGAGAAUAUUUUCAAGCAUGAUUAAAGAUUUUGACUAAUUACUUGUUCCGAGUUCUUUCUAAUUUUGUCGAGUCUUUUGUUUCCUUCUUUUCACUCUCGGAAUCGGUCUUAGUAGAGUCAAAUGGCAAAACCGAAACAGUGGAGGCGGGCACGGUGUCCCAACGGGCUUUUAAGAAACUUAUCAUCUUCAUCACCAUUUCUUUCCUGAACUUAAGUUCUUGUGUAAAGAGAUCGAGUAUCAGGAAAGAGAGAACAUAUUUGAACGGUACUGUGAGGAGGAUAGCGGAACCGAA